CAUCGCUGAUAAGCCCUGUUCGCGAUUGUUCAAUUCGUGGACAACCAAAAAAUACCUGAAUAAUUUAAAAUUAUAAUUUACAAAUGAUUCACUGGGAAUUCUGGCUGGGUCAAAAAUAUUUUAUUAAUGAGUAGAAUUCUGUAUUAUUUAUAAUGCAAGAAUGUUUUCAUGUCACUAAAGAUACAGUACUUACAAAUAAAAGUGUACAGAUUGUGUCUGUAAAACAGGAAAAUAAGCCAUCCGUUAGUGAGUUUUAGUUGUUGACUUCUGUUCCCUGCACUCAGACAAUGAAAAUUGUUUUUGUUGUGACAAAUUGAAAAGUUGGUGUCCAGGCAACGAACCAGUGACGCAACCAAGCUCAAAGCUCUGUGGGUCAAUGGCUCAGCUUAUAGAAGAUUGUCGGGUCACUUGAGCUCCGAGUACAGGAGGUACGAGUCAAUAGCUCACCUCAACCGUCUGCACAAUGGAGAACCAGACAUUAAAUGCAGAUAUUCUAAUCCUGGAGGGGUUAACGGUCAGCCCCCAGUCCUUCCUUCUCACCUUCGUCUUCCUCCUGCUCAUCUACAUCUUCAUCAUGGUGUCCAACCUCGGCCUGUUGGUGCUGAUCAUCACGGACAGGAGCCUCCAGCAGCCCAUGUACAUUCUCUUUUGCAACAUGAGCAUUAAUGACGUGUUCGGGGCAACGACCAUCAUCCCUCGUCUUUUGAGGGACCUUUUUCAUCCGAUCGAAGAGCGCUACAUCCGCUACGCCGACUGUGUCCUCCAGGCCUUCUGCGCUCACCUCAAUGCGGGCGCUUCCCACACAGUGCUCAUGAUCAUGGCCUUUGACCGCUACAUUGCCAUCUGCAACCCGCUGCGAUACGCCGCCAUCAUGACAAACCAGAUGGUGGGGGCACUGGUGACGGCGGCGUGGGCAGUGGCGUUUUUGAUGGUGGCAAUCCUGGUGGGGCUGAGCGUCCGCCUGUCGCGCUGCAGGCGGGCGCUGCUCCACCCGUUCUGUGACAACGCCUCCUUGUUCAAGCUGUCGUGCGAGAGCAUCAUCGCCAACCAAGUCUACGGCCUCGGCUACACGGUGGUGCUGCUGGGCUCGUCGCUCGGCAGCGUGGCGCUCACCUACCUGAAGAUCGCUGUCGUGUGCCUGAGCAGCAAGAACAAGUCUCUGAACGGCAGAGCUCUGCAGACAUGUUGCAGCCACCUGGCCGCGUACGUCAUCAUGUUCGUGUCGGGCUCCGCCAUCAUCGUUCUCCAUCGUUUUCCUCACCUGUCGGACCACAGGAAAAUGGCGUCCAUCUUGUUCCACGUGGUUCCUCCCGCCAUGAACGCCGUCAUCUACGGGCUGCAGAUCAAAGCAGUCAGACAAAAGAUUGUCGUCAUGUUUACUAGGAACACAGUAGGUGAGAUGACUCAAUAGGGAAUCUUAUCGAAAUGUAAAAUCCCUUUCUUCUGAUUUUCAAAUGUAUUUCACCUACAAACAUCAAUUCGGUAAUAAAAU